AGCUCAUUCAUUGAAGGACGCUGCCGUGUGCGUUGAGGGUUCCCGUCGUCUUCCAUUAUUUCUAGUUCAAGAGUAAAUAGCAGUUAGCAGUCGAUUUAUCAUCACAUCAGUUUUGUGUGCUAUGAGUCUUCUUCUAUUAUUGGUGAGGUGUUUGUGAUUGGGCACGCGCCAUGAUGUUUUACUAUUGCCCAUCUUUGGAGGCUGUCAAAGAACUGCUGGACAUGGCCAUCCAUCAUGUUUGUCCGUGCACGUCCGAUGACGUGUUCGACAAUGCAUGGAGCCAAUGGAUCCAGCUCAUGUUCAAAUCGCAUCAAAGUAAAGGAACGCCGAUAGAAUCUGUCGGCUCUACCGGCGAACAGACGGAACAGAAUUCCAGGACGAGCAUGUCUUCAUCCAUCACAGCAGAUACGGUUGUUAGAGUCCUUCCUGCCUGUGGCUGGGGAACUGAAGUAUCGGUGGCCUUAACGAGUAGUGGAAUAAGCAAAGUUCAACAUCGUCUAACUAGUGGCAAUAAUAACAACAAAUCGAGCACAACGUCAAACACGACCGGCGCAGUCUUAACAACGACGUUAUCACCGGCCAGUUCGUCGCCGGGUCCACUAGCGUCCUCGAUUGCCGGACACCAACAUCUCGCUAAUACUGGAAGCAGCGCCAGCAUUGGAACGAGCCCUUCACCAAUCAUCAAAGACGAUCUUAGCGAUUCUUACAUCAUUCAGGUGGAACCAAUCCGCGUUAUGGCAACAUCACCGUCAUCGAUACUGGGCGGAGCCGAUUCUUGGGCGUCGGACGAGUCGCCGCGUCGCGGAUUGCUGACCGUCAAUGAGGAACUCGAUGGAUGGAGUCGUCGCAUGCAAGGUGCCGAAGAGUCUGCCGCUGCUGGAACUAACGACAGUCUCAGUGUAUCACCGGUGGCCUCGAAAUCGACGGAGGGUCACCGCAGGAGUUUACGGCACGCCGCAACGCAUGACGACGGUUCGGCCAACUCGUCAGCCGUCAGCAAGCGACGUCUUGAUUGGCGUAAUUCCCAUCGCAAUUACCGGUCGGCACCGACGGCCGCCGCCAGCCGAGAUUCCUACGCGCUCAACUACGACACGCGACGGGCACUCCGCAAUUAUCACCAGCGCAGCAUCGAGGCUACAUCCGCCUAUCCGGCCGCUCCUGCCAACCGUCGUGUGUUGCAUAAACGAGGCGGAAGCAUGAGAGAGCCAUUGACUGAUAGUCUAGACGCAUCUCGUUCGUCUUCUACCGCAGCCUUUGUCGAGCUAACAAGCACCGGAAGUUGUUUAGCGUCGACGGGUGUUGCGCAACAACAGCAUCCGCGCUGCCAAAUGAUGGCCAGCCCGGCUACCAAACGAUGGCGAUGUCACACGGUCGACUGCCCUUGUUCCAACAAUGUGACCGCCUCCUCCGCCGUCAACAAAGAUUUGAUAUUGGUCGAUGGCUCUCUGACGGUACAUCGCCAUUCCUUUCCUAGCAGCGGAGAUCUACUGGCCAGCCCGUCAUCUUCUUCUUCCAGCCGCCGUCGUAAUUAUCAGCAGCACCGGAGUGAAGAUCAACACAGACGGACCAAAGAGUCAUUGUAUGAUGGCUACUUGAACCGAUCGGAGAGUCUCGAUUGGGCCGGCUUCCGAACUAGAAACAAAGCAAUGACGAGCUCCAAAAGAGACGAAGCGACAUCCGUCAUUGAUGACAUUGAUGGAACGGGUAGUCAGUUGCAAUCAGCGUCUGCUGGCCAGGUUCCGCGCAUUACUAUUCGCUACAACGAUCCUGGCAGUCUAGAAAGCGUCAAUGAAGAUAAUCUAUUUUUCUGCUUGGAAGCCGGAAGCAAAAAUGAAUUCCGUCAACGUUUAGAAAAGACCAUUGACGCUCAAUAUCGCCAAGUUUGGGAAUUAAGAGCCAACCUGGAGGAACAUAAUGGUUUUUACGAACCGUCUUCCCCCGAACCGGAAGCGAUAGCCAAUGCCGUGGCGAGCGAUGUGGAAUCCUUUGAUUCCAAUUCAGAGAGCUUGGCCAGCGAAGAAGAAGAAAUUCGAACGCGGAAUACGUACGCGAUGAAUCCACCGAACCAGGACGUAUCAACAACUUGUGAGACGAAAUUACCGUCUCCAACGCCAAUGUUACAUCCGCCGAUGUCGAGCGGGUCGUGGAAAAGGCAUUCGUACCGUAGUGUUUCCAUGAAUUCCCGAUUGCCACGCCAAACAGGCCCACUAAGUCCGUUGCAGAAGUCACCCCAACAGCAUCCGCAAAGCAGUUUUGAUUCGAUUGACACGAUUGAAACGUCUUCCACUGAACCCAGCCGGAUGGAUCACGUAACCACGAGUUUCGAAAGCUCUGCCACGGACAGCACUAACGGCCUAGAAGUGACGUCCAUCCAGCCGUCAGUCAGCCAUCACAGAAUGCUAGCCCUCCGCAAUGAUAGCGGCUACCGCAGUCUCGAAUCUGCGGUUGUUCCGGCGUCCGGAUCGACCAAGACGGCGACCAAUGCAAGGAUAAGUGCUAGCGAAGACGAUUUAAUUGAUACACAAGCGACGGAUGCAGGCUGUCAAUGCCGGAGUCAAGUGCUGCACGACGAAAUGUGCGAACGUCAGAAGCCCAUCGUUUUCGCGCGUUGCACACGCUACGGAAUGAAAGUGCGGUCCGCUUCGACAUCCGCCCCGCACUCUUCAUCGCAAUCGCUAGGAUGGAAACAUCAGCAACGGCUUCACCAACAUCAUUCGCAUCAAUCGUUGACUAGAGAUUACAGCAUUGAUGAACGCACUGACGCUUUAUUCCGGGAAUUUAGCCGAUGCGAUCCUGUUUUUGAUACUAGUUGUAUGAGAAACGUUGGCGGUGGUAGCCGUCCGGAGUUGCAAACAACGGGACUUGGGCACCGGAGUCGUUGGAUCAACCAACAUCAACGGCACGAUGCCCAGCAUCACUAUCAGCAUCGAUUCAUUUCAUCGGACGCUAGCGAAUCUCUGCUGCAGCAUUGCAGCCUUAAAGAAUAAUUUGAUAUUUAACUCAUUUUCACAACCCAUUUGUUUUGUUUUUUUCACCCUGUUGAAAUUGCGCUUCAAUUACGCUUCAUAUCAAAUUUCAUAUUCUAGUCCAAUUUUUUAAUCUGCUACUUAA